UUCAUUCUCACGUGUCUCUCUACCAAUCGACUCUCUCUCUCUCUCUCUCUCUCUCUCAGAGUUUUGCAAUAAGAUUUCAUCUUCUUCGGAUUAAAAAAAAGAUUUCAUCGUUUUGAGAAGGAAAUUGUUAGCUAUUUUAAAGAACUACCUGGUUGCGAAGACUUUCAAUCUUGGUUUCCUGCUUUCUUUCCCAACCGUGUUGUGAUCUCUUUUGUCUGCAAAAAACAGAAAACAAACAUGGCUGGAGAGGCACUUCUAGGCGCUGCAUUUGGAGUGCUGCUCGACCGUUUGGCUUCCGAAGAGUUCAUCAACUUCUUCCGGGGUCGGAAGCAUGACGAAAGUCUUCUCAAGAAGCUGGAGGUGACAUUACUUGAACUUAAUAAGGGGCUCAACGAUGCAGAGGACAGGCAGAUCACUGAUCGAGCUGUGAAAGCUUGGCUGGACGAGCUUAAAGAUGCUGUCUACCAAGCCGAGGACCUAGUGGAUGAGAUUGCUACCGAGGCUCUGCGAACCAAGGUGGAAGCCGAGUACCCAAGAGGCAAACAAAGUUUACAAGAUUCUGUGAUCUCGACUUUCACUAGCUUUUUUGACCGUGGUGUGAACUCCAAAUUAGAGAAAAUAAUUGGCAUGUUAGACUGUUUCGUGAAAGCUAAAGAUGUACUUGGUUUGAGAGAAGUUGCUGCACGGAAGUGGUCCCAAACCAGGUUGCCAACAACUUCUUUGGUGGAUGAAUCCUGUGUUUAUGGACGGGAGAAUGACAAGGAAGAGAUAAUGAAAUUGUUGCUCUCUGAUGGAGAAAAUAGUAAAAAGAUAGACGUGAUCCCGAUUGUCGGGAUGGGUGGGAUGGGCAAGACCACUCUUGCUCAACUUCUGUACAAUGAUGGCAGUGUGAAUGCGCAUUUUGAUAAGAAAGCAUGGGUUUGUGUCUCUGACGUAUUUGAUGUUUUAAGUAUCACAAGAACAAUUGUAGAGUCAGUCACGGGGCCGGCUUCUGAUGCAAAAGACCUAAACUUGCUUCAGGUCAAGUUGAAAGAAUCAUUGGGUGGGAAGAAGUUUCUUAUUGUCUUGGAUGAUGUUUGGAAUGAGAACUAUGAACAUUGGGACGCCUUGAUUACUCCUUUCAGAUUUGGAGCAUGCGGGAGUAAGAUUAUUGUUACAACGCGCAAUGGGAGUGUUGCAUCUAUCAUGCAAACGGUUCCUAUUCAUUGGUUGAAGGAAUUACCAGAGGAAGAUAGUUGGAUGUUGUUUUCCAAACAUGCUUUUGAGAAGGGAGAUUGCAAUGCACAUCCCAACCUUGAAAAGAUUGGCAAGGAGAUUGUAAAAAAGUGUAAAGGUUUGCCUUUAGCUGCAAAAACACUGGGUGGUCUUUUGCGCUACCAACAAAAUGUUAAGGAUUGGAAUAGUAUAUUGGAAAGUGCCAUAUGGGAAUUAUCGGAGGAGAAGAGUAACAUCCUUCCAGCCUUAAGAUUGAGCUAUCAUUAUCUCCCCUCCCAUUUGAAAAGAUGUUUUGCUUUUUGUUCCAUAUUUAUUAAGGAUUAUGAAUUCGACAUGAAGGAAUUAGUCUCAAUUUGGAUAGCUGAAGGUUUUUUGGUGAAGCCCAAGAAUAAUAAGACGGUGGAAGAAGAAGGUUAUGAGUACUUCCGCGAAUUGCUUUCAAGGUCAUUUUUUCAGAGAUCAAAUGCUAAUAAUUUUUUGUUUGUCAUGCAUGAUCUUGUUCAUGAUUUAGCUCAAUAUGUGAUGGGAGAUUUCUGUUAUAGCCUAGAGGAUGGCAAGCCACACGGUAUUUCUGAUAAGGUACGUCAUUUCUCGUAUGUUCAACACUUUGAUAGCUUUGAGAAGUUCAAGGGAAUUAUGGAGGCUAAGUGUUUAAGAACUUUUCUACCAUUACGGCAUAAAAAUUAUAAAGUGUGGUGGUCAUUGAGCAGAAAGGUUUUGGAUGAGAUUUUGUCGAGAUUGACUCGAUUACGACUGCUGUCGCUGUCGCUAUAUAUGAUUAAGGAAUUGCCUCAUUCAAUUGGCAAUUUGAAACAUUUACGCUUUUUGGACCUUUCUGACACCGAAAUCAAGGAGUUGCCAGAAUCAAUUUGUACGCUGUAUAAUUUAGAAACAUUGUUGUUAACUGAUUGUCAUCUUCUUACAACAUUACCGGUAGGGAUUGUAAAACUGAUUUCAUUGCGUCAUCUUGAUUUAAGCGGAACCAACUUAAAAGAGAUGCCAAUGCAUAUAAGUAGGUUGAAAGAUCUCCAACAAUUAACUGCUUUUGUAGUGGGAAGGUGCAGCGGGUUAGGUAUUAAUGAGUUGGGUGAGUUUCAUUAUCUUCGCGGAACCAUCUCCAUAUCAGGAUUGCAAAAUGUAAAAAGUGGCAACGAUGCGUUGGAAGCAAAGAUGAGUGGGAAAAAGUACCUUGAAAGGCUAGAGUUGAAAUGGGAUAACAUUACAGAAGACUCACAGAAUGCAAGAGAUGUGCUUGAAAAGCUAGAGCCUCAUACAAACUUGAAGCACCUUGAGAUAAAAAACUAUGGAGGCACAAGAUUUUCUACUUGGUUAGGAGAUCAAUCGUUUUGCAAUAUGGUGUCGUUACGUUUGGAGAAUUGCGAGAAUUGCUUUUCCUUGCCACCACUUGGUCAACUGCCCUCUUUGAAGGAGCUUACCAUUGCAAGGAUGCCCAACAUAACGAACGUGGGCCAUGAAUUUUAUGGAGAGAGCGGUUCUUUAAGCAAACCGUUUCAAUCUCUGGAGACUCUAUGUUUCAAGAAAAUGUCGGGGUGGGUGGAUUGGUGUAUAUUAGAUGCUGGAGAGUUCUCUCGGCUUCAAAAGCUUGAGGUAGAGGAAUGCCCAGAACUUGUGACUUCACUUCCGAGGACUACUUCUAUAUGCAAGCUACGGUUGAAAGAAUGCCAAGGGGUACAAUUGGAGUGGCAAAGUGUUUCUUCUGUCGAAAAGCUGGAGAUUUCAGGCUUUGCAAGUUUGAAGGAAUUUCCAAGCGAGCUGGUAACACUAACAAAUCUGAAGGAGCUGAGUGUAGAGAAAUGUCCAAGGCUAUAUGUCCCAGAGAUGAGCAACUGCAAUAUGUUCCUUGAAAGUUUGGAAUUGGCGAGGUGUGAGAGUCUCAUAUCCCUCCCACUAGGUUUAUUCCCAAAGCUUCGAGAUCUACGUAUUGACGAAUGUACAAAUUUUGAGACCCUGUUGAUUCCAGACGGGAUUGAACUCCAAAAUCUGACAUUAAUUGAGAAACUUACCAUUUUGGGUUGCAAGAAACUGAAGGCUCUUCCAGAACAAAUGCACACCCUCCUCCCAUCUCUUCAGUCAUUAAUGUUAAUGAAUUGUCCAGAAAUUGAGUCUUUUCCGGAAGGGGGUCUACCCUCCAAAUUAGGUGAUCUUUCUAUCAGGAAUUGCAAGAAACUUGUUGGUGGGCGAAGAGAUUGGGGUUUGCAAACGCUACCCUCUCUCACAAGCUUUGCACUGUUCGGUGGAUCUGAAGAUGUGUUGGAGUCGUUCCCCGAGGAGGGGGUGCUGCCCUCCACUCUUACAUAUCUCUGCUUCGGAGAUCUGCCGAAUCUCAAAUCACUCAACAAAAGGGGCCUUCAACUUCUUGGCUAUCUCGAACGCAUAUAUAUUUUCAAGUGCCCUCAGCUCCAAUCCUUGCCAGAAGAGGGGCUUCCCACUUCCCUCAUUGCAUUGUUAUUUGAUGACUGUCCACUACUGAAGCCACGUUGCCGCAGGGAGGAAGGAGAAGACUGGCAUAAGAUUGCUCACAUCCCUUUUAUACAUAUCGACGGUGAACUAAUCAGUGACUAAUAAGUCUAUCUACGAUAUGUGGCCAGGGAAAACCAAAGCUUCCCAAACAGAUUGCUACUUUCACUUCAACGUUUGUAUUUGGUACUUUCUAAAUGUGAUAAGAAGAUGGUUAUUGAUGAUGCCACCCCAAGCUUAUUAGUAUCAUAAUAGGGAGUUUGAUGGAUGGUUUGUUUUGAGUUUUCUACGUUUAUCUUUGAAGUGAAAUAAGCUCUUCUGCUGUUGUCCCAAGCCGGGCUACAUUGCUGCAACAUCUGUUCCAGCUGAUGAUUUUGUGUCACUAUGAUGACAGAGAAAGAAGUACCCAAGUAUCUGGCUUUCGAUAACUUUCAGUCCAAAGCAGGACUCGUGUACACUGCUGAUCCAUCCAGUUUUGGCACAGUUGAUUGAGGCCCCUCAACAUAUUACCAGGCGUUCCAAUGAAGCCUUGUGGUGAAAAUUACCAACAGUCAUUUAGCUCUUAAUAUGGGAGAGGAUAUGGGGCUCCUGCCCCAUAUCAUCCCAAGCACCUCAAGUUUUGUCAGGGAACCGGCAACCCUGAUUAUCAAACAGGGCCUCCUGGUGGCGGUUCACUUGACACUAUUCCAUCUAAAGUAGGUCCAGUUCCUGGACAUAAGAUGUCUCAUGAUUUGGCUCUAACCCCAGCAUCUAGGGGAUUCAUGCCGGUUACUAUUGCAGCAGCACAAAGACCGGGCAUGGCUCCAACACAACCAUCCAGCCCUACUCAGCCAGCACAAGUUCAACCAGCCAUAACUCCUGCAACGCCCCUCCUUACGAUGCAUGCAGACAUUUGAUACUUCAAAUGGACCUGGUAACGGUAUUUCUUUUCCUUCUGUUUUAUGUUUUGUGACUUUUUUAGUUAGACUCGGGGCUUUACAGGUUUCAAUUCUUCAUUUUGCAAUGAUACACUUCCAAACAUGUUGAUGUGUACUUCAAAACCUGUGAAUGGAACCAGAUAGGGAUAAGGAAUAAAUCUAUGUAACGACAGAAGGAUAAUUUUUAAGUAAUUGCGAUUUCAAAUAUUUAUAUAUAUUUUGUAGAAAAUGAAAAAAAAAAAAAUACCAUAUACUCCCUCAUCUAAUGCGUGUUGCUCAUUUGUGAGUAAUGUGCUUCAGCCUAGCAAAGACCGUUUCAUUAUAUAUAACCUUGACGCGGCUUUUUAAUGAGAGAUCAGAAGCACUGGGAGGUUCAUGUGCAAAUCCAGCUAAGAAGCGGAAAAUUGAGGAUAAUUCAAAGGAAAUAGGUGCCUUGUUUGCCAAGCUUAACAGCGGGGACAUCUCAAAAACUGCCGCUGAAAAGCUUGUUCAACUUUGUCAGUUGUUGGACAAUGGUGAUUUCAGUACUGCACUUCAAAUCCAGGUGCAACUUACGACUAGCGACUGGGAUGAGUGCAAUUUCUGGCUUGCAACACUUAAACAAUUGAUCAGUACUGAUUAAAUUGUGAGAUGAACUAAUAUGGAAAAUUCCACCCAGCAUUACAGUUGGAGUUUGAAAUUCUUCACUUGUGGUGCUAUGCCGGGGCUCUGAUACCUUUAUAUAUAUAAUAUACAAGAACUCGCAUUUUCGGAUCAUAGGAUACAACAGGCUUGUGGUUCCAAUUUCAUGUUGCUUUAAAAGCAGUAAACUGUUGGAAAUUUUCAGGACAUUCGCGGACUUUGCUGAUUGCUUUACAUGUAUAUUUUAUCGAUAUAUGGAUUAGUCAUAAUUUUUUUUGUCCACA